AUGGUCAUACCAAGAGAAUCCUCUCAUCGCACAGAUAGCUGGAAUGUCAGGACAUCGAGAAAUCCAAGUUGGACAGAGGGGAUGAGCCCUUCCUGUCCAAGAACACGAAACUCCAUUUCAUCCAGAAAGCCCUACACCAGUUCAAGCCCGACAGAACCAGCCAAAACCUCCACCUAUUCCACGGCAGUGGUCCCAUGCGAUCAACCCUUAGCGCUUCUGCCUGAGCAACCAGCUGUGUUACCUUACAGAUCUAGAAGGAUGGACCACAAUCCAUUCCCUCCACUAGCAAGAGGCAGGAGAGAUAGAGGGAGAAUCAACCCUUUUGCAAUAAUGACAGGAACAGACUGGGGGCAAAGUAGAGGAAUCAUUCAGAUUUUGAAGAAGAGGAGAAACAUAGGGAGGAAGUUCUGCCCAGACCAUUCAGAUUUUGAACACAACCAGCCAAAACAAGGGCGGAAUCCACAUCCUGUCAAUGCCUUAAAUGAGACGGGAGCACUACAGAGGUUGAUACGAGAGAUGACGGAACCUGAGGCCAAAAGAGGAGAAAGGCCCACCUAUAGAAAGCCAUAUCCAGCUUAUAUUGAUCAAAUACCUCUAUCCUCAGGCUUUAAGGUACCAAACUUCACCUUGUUCAACGGAGAGGACAGCCAUGCUUCAUCAGUUGAGCAUAUAGGCAGAUUCUCUGUCCAGUGCAUAGCCAUAGAAAAUAACAUGCUGCUAAAACUAAGGCUUUCUGGAAAUUCUCUAUCUGGACAAGCCUUCACUUGGUAUACUAGCUUACCACCCAAUUAUGUUCAAACUUCGGAACAUAUGGACAAUGUCUUCCAUGACUACUACUUUAGAAUUUAG